AUGGCGACACUGUCCCAGGAGCCACCGACAGAAGCCGACUUUGGACCCAUCCUCGCGACCGAGGAGAAUGUCGAGAGUCUCUUGGCCUUGACGCACUCGCAUCCUCGGCUGCAAAAGGCCGGCUACGUCCUCUGGCAGCUCGGCCAGUCCGACCUCGACAAGAAGAAGCGAUGCGAGCGAUGUACCAAAGUCAUUCGUAAAGGCCGCGAGCGGCACAAGUCGAGGGCGGAGAGCGUCAAGGUUUCCCCGGGCGUAGCGCAGCAAAUUUCCGCCGAUGCCUACCCGCGUCCGGGCAGAGGGCCGGGACAGGCGAGCGUGCCGGCGCACAUGAGGUCCAUGUCAACGCAGGCUGGCCCCGCGGUUGCCGACAUGGCCGGCAUGAUGCGUGACAUGAAGCUGGAACCCCCAGACGGCAAGAACCGUGGUCCACCGAUGGAUUGCAAAUAUCAUCCCGGCCGAAUCCAGUCCAGGCUAUGGACCUGCUGCGGCCGCAGUAUCACCGGCGCGCCAUGCGCCGCUGAGCAAUCCCAUACCACGCGCGUCUACCGCCGCGACGAGCUCGAGCGCAAUUGGGCCUACUUUUCCACGCCGCCCGCCUCUCCCACUUCCUCGCAGGACCACGUCGCCGCCGUGGCGCUCGACUGCGAGAUGGGGACGGCCGCGUCUGGCGAGUCGGAGCUCAUCCGCGUGUCCGCCGUUGACCUCUUCACGCGGCGCGUGCUCGUUGACAGCCUUGUGUGGCCCGACGUUCGCAUGGCGCACUACAACACGCGCUUCUCGGGCGUGUCGCGGCGGGCUAUGGACGCGGCGCGGCGGGCCAGGCGUACGCUUGCGGGGCGUACCGCCGCCCGGGAAGCCCUCUGGCGGUUCGUCGGCCCGAACACGGUCGUCGUCGGGCACUCGGCCAACUCGGACCUCAACGCGCUGCGCUGGAUUCAUCCGCUGGUGGUGGACACGCUGUUGCUGGAGAUGCGCAUCCAGGAGCGGCCGCAGAGCAAAAACGAAGAGUGCGGGGAGGAGGGAGAGGAGGGGGAACAGCAGCAGCAGCAGCAGCAGCAGGUGGUGGUCAACCUAGACAAGGCCAAGUAUCCCGGGCUUUCGCUCAAGGCUCUGGCAAAGGAGCGGCUGAAGCGCGAGAUUCAGAACCAGGCGCAGGGUCACGACAGUCUGGAGGAUGCGCUCGCGACGCGGGAUCUUUGCCUGUGGCACAUGAUCAACAAGCCCGAGCCUCCCAUCUUCUCUUGA